AUGCCAAGAAAGGAAUAUGUAGAGUAUUACAAAGGAGCACUGGGCAUGAGAGAGGAUGAUUUUGAGGAGUUUCUCGAAUGGAUUGAGAAGGAUCUUGCAUAUGCAUUCAGGGUUGCAAGGACGCCGCUGACUAACAUGAUAAAGAGGAGAAUAGAAAAGUAUCCGUUUGUUCGGAGGAUACGGUACCUAGAAGAUGUUUAUGAGUUUCGCAAGAGGAAGGAAAAGGAUGAUGUGUACAGGGAGUUCACAGGAUUUCUGAUCAACCAGACGAACAUUGGGGUGAUUCAGAGGCAGGAGAUAGUCAGCAUGGUUCCUGUUUUGCUGAUGGACUUGAAGAAAGACUCCAGGGUCAUUGACAUGUGUGCAGCGCCUGGAUCGAAAACCAAGCAGAUUCUUGAGGCAGUUACCGAUGGGCUUGUGAUAGCCAACGAUGUUAAUGGGAAGAGGCUGAAGGUGCUUGUGAGCGAGACCACCAAGAGACCCAAUGGCUCGCUGAUAGUCACCAAGCACGAUGCCACUGCAUUCCCAAGCAUAUAUGAGGGCGGUAGUCAGGUAAUGUUUGAUCGUGUAUUCUGCGACGUAAUUUGUUCCAGCGACGGGACUAUGAGAAAAAGCCCUGGGAUUCUCGAUGAAUGGAAGCUUUCGAAGAGUGGGGGGCUGUUUGAUACCCAGUGGAGAAUUCUGAAGAGAGGCUGCGACCUUGUUGCGGAGGGGGGCCUGGUUUCCUAUUCCACCUGUUCGCUGAACCCGAUAGAGAAUGAAUGUGUAGUCCAGAGAAUGUUGCUUGAGGGGGACUUUGAGCUGGUUGACUUUAGAGGAGACUCCAGACUUGCACUUUUUCCUAGUGGCGGAGAUGGGACAAAACUCAUCUUCAGGGAAGGGCUGAGGAAGUGGGGGACAGACGACCAGAUUUUCAAGAACCCUCACUAUCAGCCGUGCAGAGUAGACCUGGGACUAGAGAAGUGCAUUAGACUGUACCCACACGACCAGGAUACAGGCGGGUUUUUCAUCGCAAUUCUUCGGAGAAAAAGAGGCAUUGGCAGGGAAAUGAGUAUGAAGAGGCCAUCGGAGUCAUCUUUUCAGCGCUUUGUGUUCCUCACCAAGGAUGCUAAGGACAAAAUCCUCGAAGGCUACUCGAUGUGUGUGAAUGGCGAGCUAUACAGGAAAACAGAAAAAAGUAGAACUAUAAGCGCUGUGUCAAGCAUAGCUGCACGGGUGCUUAAUGGAAAUCCGGGUCUCAAUGUUAUAAGUGCAGGUUACAGGAUCCUAGAGAAGUCUGGACUUUCUCAUGCGGACUUUUACAUGAAAAACCUCUUUCACAUAGGAGGAGACUUCAUAUGCAACCUUAGAAUCUCGAUGGAGCAGUUUAAGCUACUGCUGAAGGAAACAUUUGUCUCCAACGCCCUACUAGGCUUUGAGCACAUAGGACUGGCCGUUGCCAGGGUAGAGGGAAUAGGUGUCACGCUGUGCGGAUACGGAAGCCACUCAUCAUUCACGCUCUUUAUGAAUAACAAUCUGAGGAAGGCACUAAAGGACCUAGUUCUAUGA